AUGAUUGGGAGGGGAUUGGAACACCUGAAUCACAUGAUAUGGAGGGGAUUGGAACACCUGAAUCACAUGAUUGGGAGGGGAUUGGAACACCUGAAUCACAUGAUAUGGAGGGGAUUGGAACACCUGAAUCACAUGAUUUGGAGGGGAUUGGAACACCUGAAUCACAUGAUUUGGAGGGGAUUGGAACACCUGAAUCACAUGAUAUGGAGGGGAUUGGAACACCUGAGUCACAUGAUAUGGAGGGGAUUGGAACACCUGAAUCACAUGAUUGGGAGGGGAUUGGAACACCUGAAUCACAUGAUAUGGAGGGGAUUGGAACACCUGAAUCACAUGAUUGGGAGGGGAUUGGAACACCUGAAUCACAUGAUAUGGAGGGGAUUGGAACACCUGAAUCACAUGAUUGGGAGGGGAUUGGAACACCUGAAUCACGUGAUAUGGAGGGGAUUGGAACACCUGAAUCACAUGAUUGGGAGGGGAUUGGAACACCUGAAUCACGUGAUAUGGAGGGGAUUGGAACACCUGAAUCACAUGAUUGGGAGGGGAUUGGAACACCUGAAUCACAUGAUUGGGAGGGAGGGCGGGGCCAAUACUUGGGACAAUAUAGUGUAUCUGUAUCUGGAA